CCCCACACAUUGGAUCAUACAGGGCUGUAUUCAUGUCUAGCCAGCUUGCUGCGUGCUUUGUAUGUGGAAAAUAAUCAGCAAGCGCUUGUUUCCUGUAUUCAAGGCAGCGGCAUAUGAAUGCCUUGUCAAAAACACGAGACGGGCAUGCAGAUGUUCUCACGGUCUAAUCCACAGUAGGCUACUCGCUAAGGAGGAAGAAGUGGCUUGUUCUAGGAAGUGAAAGCUCGGAGAGAUACCUCUGCUUCCAUUACCCGCCGCAAGCUUUCGCUCCACGUACUGUUGCUUGCAACCUCAUUACCGUUGUCUGCAGGUUACCUCUCGGUGUAUAACGGCAAUUGCUCUUAUUGAUGAGCGAUUAGGCCUGGAGCUCCAGGGAACAGGGCCAUGGCAAGGCGAGCAGAAUGGCUUUGUAAUGCACAUUCCCCGGCCCAGGCCGUUUGCUGCUGAAAGACUCCGCCGGAGGACUGGAGCUCUGUGAACGCUUGCAUCAUUUUUAAUAAGGAAAGCAUGUUGGGUUUCGUGUUUUCAACGACCGGGAUAUUUGAGGACGGGGGGGGGCGGUUCCUCGUCUGUUUUGUCGAUGGGAACGGACGGGGAGUUCGCUUCCUGGUGCUUAUCAGAAAUGACGGGCGUUGUGGACGUCUCCCCUCCCUGGGUUGGCCUGUCGCCUCUUUCUGGGCUGUGUUGUAGCGGAGUUAUUCAGCACUCCCAAGCUACGCACAUUUUUACAAAGACGGCUAGUUUCCUCUUUGGGAUAUGACCACAAUCGCCUCUGGUCUACUGAGCCAAUGUGUGUAUAAGGAACCCGUGCUGACAGACUGCGUAUACACAGGUCUGUGGCCCGGUGUGUGAUUGGCUGAAGAAGGUCGCCGGGCCAGUCGUCUGCACGUGAUUGGCUGCGAAAGGUCACCAGGCCAAUCGUCCAUUGUUUUAUGAUUUUCUCCGGUGCAGUCGGAGUCCUCUGGGCAGCUGUGUUGAAGUUUUCUGGAAUGAAAAUGGACCAUAAGGAGUGAGAGCCGGCUGUGGGCUCCCCCUGACCUGACACUGACCCCGCCCCUGACCACGCCCUGCCACACCUGGCCCCGCCCGGGUGCUGAGGGGGGAGGGGGGACUGGGAUGAAGUCCAGCAUGAAGCACUGGAAGCAGCUGGUUCUGGUGGGCAUGCUGGCGUGGGCCCUGCUGUUCCUCAUGCUGCUGUCCUACUUCAUGGACUCCCGGACGGGCGAGACCCGCUCCUCCGCCCCGCUGUCCCACGCCGAGACCCGCCGCCUCGCCUCCGUCCAGGGCAUCAACCGCGCCAUCAUGGGCUCGCCGCCCGACCCCACCGCCGCCGCCGCCGCCGCCGCCCCCCCGGGCCCCGAGCCCGGCCGCGGGUACGAGAGCCGGGAGGGCGCGCCCUACGCCAGCCCGGACCCGGACCCGGACCCGGACCCUCAGGCCCUGGCCGCUUUCGGCACCCCGGGAGGAGCGGAUCUGAGGGACCCCAGGGUGACUCGAGCCCGGGAUAGUCCCGUGGGGAACAGCGCGGCCGAAGAGGAGGAAGAGGCGGAGGCAGAGGAUGGGGGGGAGGAGGAGGAGGAGGAUGAGGAGGAAGAGGAGGUGGACGGGGGGACGAUGAAGACCACGCAGCAGACCAAAGCCCACUGGGAGAGCAUCGAUGACCUGGAGGAGUACUACUCCAAGUCCAAGUCGGCCAUCCUGGGCCUGUGGCGCGGGAACGUCUCGGCCGCCAUGCUCAGCCCGCGGCUGCAGAAGGCCAUGAAGGAGUACCUGAACGCCAACAAGCACCGCGUGGCCUACAGGGGGCGCCGCCACGCGGGCCACCCGGGCCGGGAGGUCCUGUGCGAGCUGAAGAAGGGAGCGCGGGUGCGGGCCCUGGACGGGAAGGAGCAGCCCUUCUCCCAGAUGGGCUGGGGCAGGCUGGUGCCCCUCGAGCCUCUGGAACAGGUCCACGGGGCCCGGUUUCAGACCUGCGCCGUGGUCACCUCCGCCGGGGCCAUCCUCAACUCCUCCCUGGGGAAAGAGAUCGACUCCCAUGAGGCCGUGCUGCGGUUCAACGCUGCCCCGACGGGGGGGUACGAGAACGACGUGGGCAACAAGACCACCAUCCGCAUCAUCAACUCCCAGAUACUGGCCAACCCCAAGCAUCGUUUCAACACCAGCUCCCUGUACAAAGGGGUCAUCCUGGUCGCCUGGGAUCCAGCACCGUACACCUCUGACCUGCUGAAGUGGUAUAACAGCCCGGACUACAACCUCUUCACUCCGUACGCGCAGCACCGUCAGCGCCACCCCUCCCAGCCCUUCUACAUCCUGCACCCCAAAUUCAUAUGGCAGCUGUGGGACAUCAUCCAGGGGAACACCAAGGAGAACAUCCAGCCCAAUCCGCCGUCGUCCGGCUUCAUCGGAAUCCUCCUGAUGAUGACCCUGUGCAAGGAGGUGCACGUGUACGAGUACAUCCCCUCGCUGCGGCAGACGGACCUGUGCCACUACCACGAGCAGUACUACGACGCGGCCUGCACGCUGGGGGCCUACCACCCGCUGCUGUACGAGAAGAUGCUGAUCCAGCGCAUGAACACGGGCUCCGAUCAGGACCUCAAGAGGAAGGGCAAGGUCACGCUCCCUGGGUUCAGCACCAUCAACUGCGACCCCUGACCCCCCUGACCCCUGACCCCUCCCUCCGCAUCAGGGGGGUCCCCUCGCCAAAACCGAGUCCGGAAAAUCGACGCAAUAACCCGUGACGGACGGGUCAAUCUCCACGGGUGAUCCGCCAUGGCCUGGGGUCACAUGAUUUGUCCAGGCCCGGUCGAUCGCAGAAUAGCGAUAGCGAUCGUAAGUUCGCCCGUGAGAUUGAGCCUGGCCAGCCGGGAACAAGCCACCCUUUUUAUAAAAUAAAAAAAAUAAUCACAUUAAAACGAGGGGGGAAAAAAAUCAACUGGUCCCCCAGUACAGGGAAAGGGAAUUGAGGUGCAUUUGCUGAGCCCGAAUUAAAAGUAAUAGCUGAAAAACGGAGCUUCGUACUGGCCAACAUAGCAAUAGAGAAAACCCUCUUGGGGCAGUAACUCGGAUAUGUGGAUGUGCUUUACUGUGGCAAGCUCUGUUCCCUUGUGGAUGGAAGGAUCUGUGUUAUUUAAUAUUUUAUAUUCACUGCAAGUCUGCCGGGGAGGUUGGAAGUGCAUUGGAAGUGCGUUGUGGUUUCCUGCUGAAUGUCACAAAGACUUCCGCAGCAGUACAAGCCCGGACAACGGGCAACGAUUUGACUCGUAUUAAACCAUCAGACGCUGUAGGCGUCGGAUGGCUGGAUGUAAAUGUUUGAAUACGGUGAAUUUCAUGUUUUGUCAACAGAAGGAUGCUACUGUAAGGUCUUUUUUUUUUUUUUUUUUUUAAAGCUGAUGUUAAUGUACAUAUGUAAUCUUACACCUGUCAGUUUCAAAUACUUUAUCUUCGUCUCAUAGCACCUCCCUGCCAACAUAUCACUGUAUCAGUCACGAUAUAGUUUCUUCCACACUGCUCUUUCAGGCCCAACACAGACCUGCAGCAGUGCUGCUUCUCCUCGCAAUAUGGCAGUCAUUUUUGUUGUGUUGGUGUAAAGCGUAGAGCCCAAAGGUCUGGUGCGCGCGCUGCCAGAUUUCAGUCCCGGUUUUUGCCACGCCAUGUCGCGACAGGGGCCAUGUCAUGAUUAGAAGGCGGCGCCCGCUGCUUCCACAGCUCCGAGCCUCGCGAUUGGCCUCGCGCUGCACUGGCUGCCGUCCGCGUGUGCGUGUGCCGGGCGUGUGCGUAGCGUGUGCCUGGCGUGUGCGUAGCGUGUGCCUGGCGUGUGCGUAGCAUGUGCCUGGCGUGUGCCUGCCGUGAGCGAGGCGGAAUUUAAGGGGCUGUUAGUCCCCUGGGGCAGCCAGCUGACCAGGCUGCUGAAUGUCCCGUACUGUAUUAUUUCUGCAAAAAGCUCCCUGCGUCUUUCCCCAGAGAGAACGUCCCACGGUGUGCAGCGUUCCGUCUUCAAAGCACGUGUUAGCUUUACAUCAUGAAUGAUUUCAAAAUGUCAGGCGCGCGUGUCUGAUGCUCUGCUGGGUCCAGGCGAUGAUGUGUGCACUUGAAGACUACAGCACAAGGUGCACAAAGUCUUUGAGAGCCCCCCGUAUGUCUUGUCGGACGCAGAGAGGGAACUUCCGGGUCGGUGUCGCAGAAGUAAGUUACAUGCUUCGUGGUUUGGAACGCUGUGCAUAGCUGGUCGCCAGAGUUGCGCUGGGAUCCGUAAAGUUUGCGUCCUGUUGAGGUGAGUGUGAGGUGAGGUAGCCCUUCACGAAUUUCAGAAGCAGAUUCCUAAAAUUCGGCAUGGCACUCGGCAGUAACGGAGAGGGUGUGGCAUUUAUGUACAUAUUAUUAACACACGCCUCGAUACAGUGCAAUGAAGCCAAAAGUUCCUGACCUGUGCGAGUGUGAGGAGAUGUUAUGGUGGUGAUUUGUAGAUUUUUUUCAAUUUUUAUUUCUUCCAAUAUUCCAACUUGUUCUUUUCCACUUCCUAUAAGUGUGUGCUGCUUGCCUUGAAUUAUGGUGGGGGGGGGUCAAGGCUUUGGAGGCCCAGGGUAAACGGGUACAGCUGUCCCCAUUGUCCCCAUGACUUGCUGAUUUGAUCCAAUCGAACGGUUUUGCUUUGGGCAGUGAAGGGCUCUGAUUGGUUCAGGAGUUGAGUUCAUGAAGCAUCACACCCCUGUGUAUUUUGUUUUUACAUGCCAAGAUUCUGUUGAGAGGAGUGCACCUUUAUAAAUGCUGUUGCUUUAAAUCUUAGGUCAAAGGUGAUGUUUGUUUAUUUUUUUUGGGGGGGGGGGGGGGGGUUUGUUGGUUUUUCUUUCCACGUCCUGACCAUGUUUCAUUUCAUUUUUUUCUUUUUUUUAUAUAUCUGGCACCAAGAUGCCUUUUCACGUGGCCAUAGUGUGCACUACGCCCUGCAAUGGAAAGUACAUGGCGUCGUGGAAGGUGCUUCAACUGUAAAGUGACUUUUUGGCUGUUUAAAAAAAAA